GCUCUUGGGGAUUAAUUGGAAAUUACAUUGCACUUACCGACCCCAGAGUUCAGGACAGGUAGAAAGGAUGAAUAGAACAAUUAAGGAGACUUUGACUAAAUUAACGCUUGCAACUGGCACUAGAGAUUGGGUACUCCUACUACCCCUAGCCCUCUACCGUGCCCGCAACACUCCAGGACCACAUGGACUUACUCCCUUUGAGAUAAUAUAUGGGGCGCCCCCGCCCCUCAUUAAUUUUUUUGACUCCAAUAUUUCAGACUUUACUAACAGUCCCUCUCUGCAAGCUCACUUACAGGCACUCCAGGCCGUACAGAGGGAAGUUUGGAAACCACUGGCUGCCGCUUACAGAGACCAGCUGGACAGACCAGUGAUACCCCACAACUACCAAAUUGGUGACGCAGUCUGGGUCCGCCGGCAUCAGACAAAGAACUUGGAACCCCGCUGGAAGGGACCCUACACCGUACUGCUGACCACUCCCACUGCUCUCAAGGUCGACGGCAUUGCGGCUUGGGUCCACGCCUCCCACGUAAAAGCAGCCCGAUCGGACGAGGAAACAUCAACAUCAUCAUGGAAGGUUCAGCGUUCUCAAAACCCUCUAAAGAUAAGACUCACUCGGGAGCCCCGCUAAUCAUCUUAUGGGCCCUGCUAGGACUAGAAAAAGGGGGGAUGGCCAGGAGCCCUCAUACUAUUUAUAAUAUAACUUGGAAAGUCACUAACCUUAUGACAGGGCAGGUUGUCAAUUCCACCUCCAUGUUGGGGACUACAAAGGAUGCUUUCCCAACCCUAUACUUUGACCUCUGUGACCUAGUGGGGGACUCAUGGAAUCCAUCAGACCAGGAGCCAUUCCCCGGGUAUGGCUGCCACCACCCCGGGGGACGGCAUGGGACAAGAGCCAGGGAUUUCUAUGUGUGCCCAGGUCAAAAUUUUAGGAAGGAAUGCGGGGGGCCCGCAGAUGGGUACUGUGCCCAAUGGGGCUGCGAAACCACAGGAGAUGCCUAUUGGAAGCCGUCCUCAUCCUGGGACCUAAUCACCCUCAAGCGAGGAACCACCCCUGGUUUUACGGGUGCAGGACCUUGGGUAUGCACGUCUACCGAUGGCAAACCCAAGGACUGGUGUGGCCCCUGUUAUGACUCCUCGUCUAAAAAGGUUCCAGGGGCCACCCUAGGGGGCAGAUGCAAUCCUCUAGUUCUCGAUUUUACCGCCCAAGGUAAAGCAGCAAUCUGGGAUGGUCCCAAGUCCUGGGGACUGCGCCUCUAUCGCUCGGGAUAUGACCCCAUCACUAUGUUCUCCCUAACGAGGCAAGUGACCUCUGCCUCACCAACAGUACUUGUCGGGCCAAACCCGGUCGUGUCAGAACAGAAGCCCCCUUCUCAGCCGGCACCCCCUCCCAGACCCAGACCAGCUCCUGCCCACAAUCCCUCCACCACCAUGGUCCCACCCACGCACAAUGACACCCCAGCAGGACCAACUCCUCCGGGUACAGGGGACAGACUCCUCAAUCUAAUCCAGGGGGCAUAUUCGACCCUUAACUACACCAGCCCGAACUUAACCGAAGAAUGCUGGUUAUGUCUGGUUUCCAGGCCCCCAUACUAUGAGGGAGUGGCUAUAAUUGGCAAUUAUACCAACCAAACUGAGGCCACGACCUAUUGUGCAUCCCCUUCCCAACAUAAACUUACCCUGUCAGAGGUGUCGGGUCGAGGGACCUGUAUAGGAACGGUCCCUCAAACUCAUAAGUCACUGUGCAAUGGUACCCAUCCACUUCAGACUAACUCCACUGGAUAUCUGGUGGCACCCAACGGGACCUACUGGGCAUGCAGUACGGGUCUCACUCCCUGUGUUUCCCUUACGGUCCUUAAUGCAGCUUCUGAUUAUUGCGUGUUAAUAGAGCUAUGGCCCAGAGUGACCUAUCAUACCCCCUCAUAUGUUUAUGAGCAAUUUGAAGAGAGACCACGAAUUAAACGAGAGCCAGUGUCCCUCACACUGGCCCUCAUGCUGGGAGGACUAACCGUGGGGGGAAUAGCUGCGGGAGUAGGAACAGGGGCCGCUGCGCUGGUUGAGACCCAACAGUUCCAGCAAUUACAGGCAGUCAUGCACACCGAUAUCAGGGCUUUGGAAGAAUCAGUCAGUGCCUUAGAAAAGUCCUUGACCUCCUUAUCCGAAGUGGUCCUUCAGAACAGACGGGGGUUGGAUGUUCUAUUCCUACAGCAGGGGGGGCUUUGCGCAGCCCUAAAAGAGGAAUGUUGCUUCUAUGCUGAUCACACAGGUGUUGUCAGGGACAAUAUGGCAAAACUCAGGGAACGAAUCAAGCAAAGACAGCAGUUAUUUGAAUCACAACAAGGUUGGUUCGAGGGUUGGUUCAAUAGAUCUCCAUGGUUAACCACCCUAGUCUCGUCCAUAAUGGGACCCCUCAUGAUUAUACUAUUAAUCUUGCUGUUUGGGCCUUGUAUCCUCAACCGUUUGGUUCAGUUCAUGAAGGACAGGAUGGCAGUCAUACAAGCCUUGGUCUUGACCCAACAAUACCACCAACUUAAGCAAUUCGACCCUGAAAAUGCAGGAAACCGAGUCAGCUAAAUAAAAGAUUUUAUUCAGUUCAAAGAAAAAGGGGGGAAUGAAA